CAAUGACCGUUAGACUCCUGUGGAGGGCCAUGUGCUUAAUGGCCCUUCUCUGCACCUUGUCACACCACGUCAGCUCCACGGACAACCAGCCAAAUUCUGCAGCCCCGGAGCAGGGAGUCACCUUCAGCCACGUCUAUAAGAUUGACAUCCCAGGGACUUCCAGUUGUACCCUCGAACGCCUGCCAAUCCAAGAUGAAACAGGCCUGCAGAGAGACACCACAAAACAAGGAGAGAAUGACAUCGUCUUCAAACACAACAUCCAUCUGCAAACACCCAAGUGUGAUUGUGAGGAGUCGGAUGGCUUCAAGUCCCUGUUGUACAGAGUCAAUGGACUGGAGGAAGAAGUCAACUACCUAAAGACCCAGUGUUCCCAGGGAUGCUGUGGAAGAGGAGGAUCUGCAGGUGUGGACACAAGCUGUAGUGGCCAUGGUACUUAUCAGCAUGAUUCCUGCAGCUGCCUCUGCAACCCAGGAUGGGAAGGCCCAGACUGUUCUGAGUCCACCUGUCCCGAUGAGUGCAAUGACAACGGCCGAUGUGUGGACGGGAAAUGUGUUUGCCACCAGGGUUACAGUGGGGAUGACUGUAGCCAGCUGACGUGUCCAGGUGACUGUAAUGACAAGGGGCAGUGUGUGGAUGGAAGAUGUGUGUGCUUCCCACACUUCACUGGGGAAGACUGCAGCAUCCCAAAGUGUCCCAACGACUGUGGGGACAACGGUCGAUGUGUGGACGGACAGUGCAUCUGUGAUGAAGGCUUCUUUGGGGAGGACUGCUCAUCAGUUGUCAAACCUCAGGGUCUGCGGUUGGUCCAAAAGACGGAAGUAUCCCUUCUGGUUGAGUGGGAGCAUGUCAGAGGGGCAGAAUACUAUGUGUUGACAUAUCAUCCCAAGUCUGAUGAGGGUGCCAUGGAGCAGGUUCAGAUUCCCAACUCCGACAAUUCCUAUCUCAUCACAGGACUCAUUCCAGGGGUUACCUAUGUUGUCAACGUAUAUGCGGUCAUCAAAGAGAUCCAGAGUGAUGCUGAUGUUAUUGAAGCCACUACAGAUGUCUCAACUAUUGAUGAUAUCCGAGUCCUUGGCCAGACAGAGAUCUCUAUCGAAGUGGACUGGAAAAACCCACAGGCCGAGGUGGAUUAUUUUAGGCUCACGCACACCGACCCAUCCGGACAGGAGGAAGAGUCGAGUGUACAGAGGGGCCAAGAGGCACGCACCAAACACACUAUUGUGGGUUUGUACCCAGGAACAGAGUACCAGAUCUCAGUUCAGGCCAUCAAAGGAACCACUGAGGGAAAUCCUUCGUUUGCCACUGGUGUCACAGAUAUUGAUGCUCCAACAAACCUUGUCACCACUGAAGUAACUGAAGACACUGCAACAGUCUCCUGGGAUCGAGUUCAGGCUGAGAUAGACGGCUACAUGCUGAGCUACACCUCUGCUGCAGGCUCUAGUUCAGAUAUCCCCGUAGGGCGUGACAGCACCUCGUACAGGCUGGUUGGCUUGAGGCCUGGUGUGCUCCAUACUGUCUACAUUUGGGCCUUCAAAGGAGACAGAGUCAGCACAAAGACUUCAACAGAGGCUGAAACAGAGCUGGAUGCUCCUACUAACCUCUUCGCUCAAGAUGAGACAGAGUCCAGCUUCAGGGUGUUCUGGGAUCAAGCCCAGGCAGAAAUUGAUGGCUACAUACUGACCUAUACUUCUUCUGAGGGCUCAUGGGAGGAAAUCCAAGUUGGGCCUGACAGGACAUCAUAUUUGCUGACUGGCCUGAGACCAGGUGUCCCGUACACUGUCUAUAUCUGGGCCAUCAAGGGAAGCAAAGCAAGCAAGAAGAUCUCAUCAGAAGCUGAGACAGAACUGGAUGCUCCUGUUAACUUCGUUGCCCAAGAUGAAACAGAGUCCAGCUUCAGCGUGUCAUGGGAUCGAGUCCAGGCAGAAAUUGAUGGCUAUAAGCUAAUCUACAACUUUCCUGAUGGCUCUAGUGAGGAAAUAUCUGUUGGACCCGAUGGCAGAUCUUAUAUGAUGACCGGUUUGAGGCCUUCAGUUCUCUACACUGUCACCAUCAAAGCCUUCAAGGGAAACAAAGUCAGCAGGACGGUCGGAACACAAGCUGAGACAGAACUGGAUGCUCCUGCUAACCUCUUAGCCCGAGAUGAAACAGAGUCCAGCUUCUCUGUGUCAUGGGAUCCAGUCCAGGCCGAAAUUGAUGGCUACAUCCUUACCUAUAGUUCCUCUGAGGGCUCUAGUGAGGAAAUCCACAUUGGCUCCAGCGUAACCUCUUACUUGCUGAAAAACCUGAGGCCUGGAAUUCUCUACACUGUCUACAUUUGGGCCAUCAAGGGGGACAAAUCAACCCGCAAGAUUUCAACAGAAGCUGAAACAGAUAUUGAUUCCCCGAGGGAGCUGAAGGCUUCAGAUGUGUCGACUGAUUCUGCCACUUUGACUUGGGUUCCUCCUCUGGCAGACAUUGAGGGUUACAUCCUCACAUACAGAGAUGAAGGCGGCGAAAUGGAGACUGUUGAAAUGCAACUUGGAGCCAGCGCUAACAGCUAUGCUGCAACCAAUCUGGAAAUGGGGAAGAGCUAUAUUGUGACCAUUAUCGCCUACAGAGGUUACAAGAGGAGCAAGGGAGUGAACUGGGAACCGUGGAAGGGCCAUUUGACAUCGCUUGACUUCACUGAGAUGAAGAUCCGACCCGUUGCGGCUGCAUCCAGCAGGAAGAAGCGAUCGUUGAUGGCUCGAGAGAAAAGCAGAACCCAAAGCAGCCACAAGAAA